AUGGCAUUGGAUUAUUCUGCUAGGAAAGCCUCAACUACAUGGCAGGAUGCGGUGCAGUCCUUUCUCUCAAGUCUUGGGCCUAACGAACGGGCCGCUUUCCAGGUACCGACAAGUCCGGAUGAUUGCAUGGCUGUUCUCCUAGCGACUCAGCGUCGCAAGAGCAAAUUGACGCGGAUCCUUGAACUAAUGAAGCCUGCGAUCGAGCCGCUCAAAAGAUUCGAGAGCGCGGUCGAUGUCAUCGUUCAGGUUAACGCGGGAAUCGCGUCCCCGAUAUGGGGUCCGCUGAGGAUUGUCAUAACGCUCUCCGCAGACCAUUUUCGUACACUGGAGAGCAUUGCUAUGAUCAUCCAUAGAAUCAUUAGUUCGCUGCAGAGAUUCUCCAAGUAUGAGGAGAUGUUUGAAAAGAAUAGUCUUGUCCAAGACGCAAUAGGGGCACUCUACUGCGAUUAUAUAGACUUCUGCGUUAGGGUUACGAGAUUCUACUCGGCGUCAUCUUUUCGGACCCUCUUCGUCUCCUUCGAUAAGGACUUCCACGAUGUUACCGAGAACAUCCAGCUUCAUAGUCAAAACGUAGACUGGGCGGCCCAUGCUGCGCAUAUAGAAGAGACACAACGGGAGGUGGAGAACGCAAAAGCUGAAAGACGAGCACAUGAAAGAGGUAAUAUCCAGAGAUGGUUGUCGCCGUCGACUGUCGAUGACGACCUCCAAAAACACUUGGAUGAUUGCAUACCUCAGUCAUGCGACGGCUUGUUAGCUUCUCGGCAAUUUCAAUCAUUCAUCUCUUUGAAUAAUGAUAUAAAUAAAUCUCCUAUCCUAGCAUUACAAGGGUUGCCCGGGAGCGGGAAGACUACGGCAGCAGCCUUCAUCAUAGACCAACUAAAGAACGAAGGAUUCAAAGUGUUAUAUUUCUUUUUCAAAGCUAAUGACGUAGAGAAGCGCACAUUGCUGAACUGCCUUCGAACACUGUUAGCUCAACUGAUUCGAUUAGAGGAGCAUCUCUACAACCUUGUCGAGCCGUUCUACCAAGAAAGUGGCCGAGUGGUAGCCGACUCAUUAGCUGAGGUACAGAGAGCUUUAUCAGCUGCACUCCAACGUUCGAAAGCAGCUCAAAUAUUCGUGGUUCUCGAUGCUCUCGAUGAGUCUUCAAAUAGCAUAGAGGUUGCCCAAUGGUUUACCACUCCUAAAGACAGUAGCGACGGGCCACAGCUUCGGAUACUUAUCACAUCUCGCCCGUCGCCAUCCUUUUCAAGGUCCCUUGACUCAUCUUGGACGGUUCUCAGAAUGGGGAGCUUUGAGAACGCGAGCGUCAACUCGUACAUACUCUCCCGAGUUCAGAAAAAUCCAAUCAUCCGCGACACAAAAGUCGGGGCGCUGGUCGCAGACUAUGUCACGACGGCUGCAAGGGGACUUUGGCUUUACGCUCGAUUGAUGAUGGAUGAUAUUGAUAAACUCCCCUCGGUCGGCCAAAUCCAGAAGCAGCUCAGCGUUCUUCCGAAAGGCUUCACCGAGUUAUACACACAGAUAAUUAGGACGACAGAGGCCAACUACAAUGCGAUUGAAUUGAAGUUAGCCCAGCAGCUUCACUUGUGGGUUGAUACCGCAGAUUACCUUCCGGGGUUCUUAGUCUUGAGGGACGAUCGAAUCGGAUACGGGACGUUAGAAUUGAUAUUCCAAUAUGCCAACGGAGAGGUAGUUCAUGACCCAGGUGUACAGGCUAGUCGCGUGUCAGGCCCUCUCAUUGAAGUUUUCAACGACGAAAAUAUAGAGCGAAUAGAUUCGCAGGCCUACGAACUCGACUUCAUUCAUUAUACAGCAGCCCAGUAUCUAAGCGAGAGCAACGAUCUACCGGUAGCGCAGCUACCACUUACUCUACGGCCGCGGCGUCUCCGACAUCUGCACCGCGCUGCCGUCGCGAUUUGGUAUUUCACAGAGUGCAAGCAGUCAGAAGAGAUGCUCCUGAAUCUACGGUGGAGCGAGGGGAGACCUACAAACUCUUUGAUGAGGUACUUCGAAAUGGCAUAUGGACUUUGGAAUGCCCUCCAUCUAGUCGAGUUUCCGGACAUUCAAGACGAUCAAGAGGCGGCCGAGGCGAAGAGUUUACUUCAAAAACUAAUUGAUUUCAUCUCAACGCCAGCAUGUUUACGCUGGGUCGAGUGCGCCAUGAUCAUCAAUUAUAAGGGAAAGUUUCCACAUUUGUUAUGGAAUGCUGCCAAAGGUUGGGAAGCGGGCAAGGAUAACGAAAACCACCAGUUUGCACCAUACCAAGCUUUCUCCAAGUCUCGAGUGCACUUCUUCCAAAACUACGUCCACGUCUUGGCGUUGACGGGCGUAGGAGCGGAGUCUGCCCCUCGUGAGCUUUUAGAUUCUGCGAAAAACGGACCCUUACGGGAUGAAGUCGCACAAGAGAUUUUUCGUCUAGGGGAGCAAUGGCGACGGCUUGCAUUUCCUGGUUAUAGUUAG